AUAUCCAAAUCCCGGAACUAAUCCCGGCUCGCGCCAUGACAUCCCGAAAAUCCCGGGGUUGUAAAAAGCGAAAAAAUUAACAUCCCUAGAAACUAUGGAAUGGAGAAAAACGCGUUGUCAAAAUCAGCUGAUUCUCAAGGAAGCGCGAAUUUAAGUGAUGUGAAUCGUGAUGCAUUGUACAUUACUAAUAUUUGUAUACAUAUAAGUAUUUUCUAGUAGAAAAAUGCCUAUUGUAAUAAAAACACCCUCACCAACUGGCCUCGAAGAAUAUGCAAUCGUAGAGCUUCAGGGUGAUCUCGAAAUACGAUCCGGCGAGAAUAUACACGAUCUCUUCAUAGGCGAUUUAUAUUACAAUAAAUACGGCCAGCCAAUACUUAUAAUUGGUCAUCAUAUACUACAAGGACGUGAGCAAAAGUUAGAAAAACCAUUUGCAGUUCUCGAGAAAACAAAAAGCAAUGAAGGACGGAUGUUAUUAGGCGAAACGAGUAUAACAUGUGAUCCCGACGCUACUUUAAAUAGGACGGUCGAUCGCACUGUUCUAGAUAACACAGUUGCUUUGGAAAAUAAAUCGCGCCAAAGCACUGAGUACAGAGUACGCGCUCUAUGCACCAAGAAGCUCACCUUCAAAUCACGACCAAAGCCAAUCAUUGCGAAUAUUGCAGCCACAGUAUAAGGUUAAGAACUGAACUAAAUUGUUGGACAUGUACAUAUUUAAUGACAUUUCAAAACAUGAUUUUAAACAUAAAGAAAUAUGUACAUA